AUGGCAGGUGAAACUUUUGAAUUUCAAGCAGAAAUUACUCAGUUGAUGAGUUUAAUUAUCAACACUGUCUACUCUAACAAGGAAAUUUUCUUGAGAGAACUGAUAUCCAAUGCCUCAGAUGCUUUAGACAAGAUCAGGUAUAAGUCUUUGUCUGACCCAAAACAAUUAGAAACGGAACCUGAUCUGUUCAUCAGAAUCACGCCAAAACCAGAGGAAAAAGUUUUGGAAAUCAGAGAUUCUGGUGUUGGUAUGACAAAGGCAGAACUGAUCAAUAACUUGGGUACGAUUGCCAAGUCCGGUACUAAAGCUUUCAUGGAAGCCCUCUCUGCUGGUGCCGAUGUGUCUAUGAUUGGUCAGUUUGGUGUCGGUUUUUACUCUUUAUUCUUGGUCGCUGACAGAGUCCAAGUUAUUUCAAAGAGUAAUGACGACGAACAAUACAUUUGGGAGUCGAACGCGGGUGGUUCUUUCACUGUUACUCUAGAUGAGGUCAAUGAAAGAAUUGGCAGAGGUACCGUUUUAAGAUUAUUCUUAAAGGAUGACCAACUGGAAUACUUGGAGGAAAAGAGAAUAAAGGAAGUUAUUAAGAGACACUCCGAAUUUGUUGCUUACCCAAUUCAGUUGGUUGUCACUAAGGAAGUGGAAAAAGAAGUUCCAAUUCCAGAGGAAGAAAAGAAUAAAGAGGAAAAGAAGGAGGAGGAUGACAAGAAACCAAAACUAGAAGAAGUCGAUGAAGAAGAAGAAGAAGAAAAGAAGCCAAAGACGAAGAAAGUCAAGGAAGAAGUUCAAGAAAUAGAAGAACUGAAUAAGACUAAACCAUUGUGGACUAGAAACCCAUCUGAUAUCACUCAAGAAGAAUACAAUGCUUUUUACAAAUCUAUUUCUAACGACUGGGAAGACCCAUUAUAUGUUAAGCAUUUCUCUGUUGAAGGUCAAUUGGAAUUCAGAGCCAUCUUAUUCAUUCCGAAGAGAGCUCCAUUCGACUUGUUUGAAAGUAAGAAGAAGAAGAAUAACAUUAAGCUAUACGUACGUCGUGUUUUUAUAACUGAUGAAGCUGAAGACUUGAUUCCAGAAUGGUUAUCUUUCGUUAAGGGUGUUGUUGACUCUGAGGAUUUGCCAUUGAACUUAUCCAGAGAGAUGCUACAACAAAACAAGAUCAUGAAGGUUAUUAGAAAGAACAUUGUCAAGAAGUUGAUUGAAGCUUUUAACGAAAUUGCUGAAGACUCUGAACAAUUUGACAAAUUUUACUCUGCCUUUUCCAAGAACAUUAAAUUGGGUGUACAUGAAGACACUCAAAACAGAGCUGCUUUGGCUAAAUUGCUACGUUACAACUCCACCAAGUCCGUCGACGAAUUGACCUCAUUGACCGACUAUGUCACCAGAAUGCCUGAACACCAAAAGAACAUUUACUAUAUCACCGGUGAAUCUCUAAAGGCUGUCGAAAAGUCUCCAUUCUUGGAUGCUUUAAAGGCUAAGAACUUUGAGGUUUUGUUCUUGACUGAUCCAAUUGAUGAAUACGCCUUCACUCAGUUGAAGGAGUUUGAAGGUAAGACUUUGGUUGACAUUACUAAAGACUUCGAAUUGGAAGAAACUGACGAGGAGAAGGCACAAAGAGAGAAAGAAAUAAAAGAAUACGAACCAUUAACAAAAGCUUUGAAGGACAUCUUGGGUGACCAAGUGGAAAAGGUUGUUGUUUCUUACAAAUUGUUGGACGCUCCAGCUGCCAUCAGAACUGGUCAGUUCGGCUGGUCCGCUAACAUGGAGAGAAUUAUGAAGGCCCAGGCCUUGAGAGAUUCCUCCAUGUCCUCAUAUAUGUCUUCCAAGAAGACUUUUGAAAUAUCUCCAAGAUCGCCAAUUAUAAAGGAAUUGAAAAAGAGAGUCGACGAAGGUGGUGCUCAGGAUAAAACUGUCAAAGAUUUGACUAACCUAUUAUAUGAGACUGCUUUGUUGACUUCUGGUUUCACUUUAGAUGAACCAACUUCGUUUGCUUCCAGAAUCAACAGGUUGAUCUCCUUAGGUUUGAAUAUCGAUGAUGAUGGUGAAGAAACUGGAGAGACUGAAGCUACCGCUGAAGCUCCUGUCGAAGAAGUUCCGGCUGACACCGAAAUGGAAGAAGUCGAUUAG